ACCUAUCUGAAGCUAAAGUAGGUUCCCAGAGUUGAGAAAUAUUUUAACCAUGACGAACUCUCUCGCUGGGCAGCUGCUUCUUCAGCUAUUCUUCUUUGCCCAGGCUGUCAGCUCAACUGUAUUCCACACCAACUGCACGAUACCUACCAAAACUUCAGAUUUCGUAUCUGGUGCAAAUGUGCGAUCGACACUAGAUGUUCUGUAUGCUUCCUUGACGACGAUUUUUCUUUGCACAUGGACUGCCCAGCAUCUGUGUUUGCCGCCUUCCAGCUUGGCGAAUGGUUUCUUUUUAAGGAUCUGGAAAGCAACAUGGCGGAAGCUCAAGUGGAUGUUAGUGGCUCUCAUUAUGCCUGAGUACUUGGUAGGCAAAGCACUCGGCGAGUUCGUCGCUGCGUACAGAUCAAGUCGAUGCGAAGACAUGCAAAGCGCUGCUGCAGCCUCGAAAACAGAAUGGACUAUGACACAUGCGUACUAUGCAAAUAUGGGAGGAGUCAUUCUCCACUCCUUUCCAUCUUUGCAUACACCCAGACCUUCAAUCAUUCCUCAAAUGGGAGCCGAUCAUAGUCAAGAUAUAGAACGCUCGCCUCGGGAAGGAUUGGACUCCGAACCGCAGAAAGAGAGAUUUGAUGCAACUCCCGAUUUCCUUCAAGAUCAGCAACUCACCUCUUCGUCCGAAAUUCGGCUGGGAAAGCAAAGCCGGAGAAAACAUGAUUCGCCCUGGAUUAUUCGUCUGCUUGACAGACUUCUCUGCAACAAAAGUGGCAUAUGGAGACAGGAGCACGAUAGUUGGGUGGAACAAGACCCACCGGACUACGAUAUCGAUGACUUGGAACUCCCAGUAUGUCUCAAUUCAGCACAAAUCUGCCUGAUGAUGAAGAAGGGACUCAUCCAGCAACUACCAUCAAUUACAUGUGAUGAGAUUGAAGAUAAAAGCAAAGAAGACAUUCUGGUGAAGUUCAUUACCCUUGGCCAAGUGAUAUGGUUCAUCAUACAGCUUAUUGCACGGAAAUACAACGGCCUUCCUUGCGCCCAGCUCGAGAUUGCCGUACUUGGAUUCGCUCUCUGCACCUUCGUCACGUACUUAUUAUGGCUGAAGAAGCCAAAAGACAUCAAAAUCGGUACAACUAUCUUUACGACCCAGGACUAUAUACUGGAUGAAGAUACCAAGAAAAGACUUGUGUGGCUGAAUCUGUCCGGCUUUUUUGAAAACUCUCUCUAUGAGGCUAUGGAGCAUACACCUUCUGAAUUGAUGCCGAACGACAUGUACAGCAAGGAGGCAAUGAUGUUUUCAUAUGAGAUUGAAAAAAACGUUUGGUGGAUAGUUGAUUACCAGGAUGCUGGUUUCAUCAUCGGGGCUGUUCUCUUAGGUGCCUGCCACUGUAUUGCUUGGAACUUCCAAUUCCCCACAGAAACCGAGCGGAUAAUUUGGAGAGUUGCCAGCCUCUUCACCGUCGCUGCAAUGCCGAUUUACUAUCUGGUCUGGUUUGCUGUGUCCCUUUCAGGGGUUUCCGCUAGCUAUUUGGGUCGUAUUGUCUAUGCCUCUUACACUGUAUGCAGGCUCUUCAUCCUUGUGGAAUUGUUCAGGACUUUGGCAUUCCUUCCGCCAGAUGCUUUCUUGGCAACUUGGUCAGGAUCUAUCCCGCACGUCAGUUGAGAAAUCGCUGGUGUCUUAACGGCGCUGGGCUUCUCAUUACCAAAGUCAACAUAUAUUCCGACAUUUCAAAGCUCAAUAUUACGCUUAGAGGUCUGAGGAACAAUAUUACGAUGGUAUAUUGUGAAGGGGACGAACACUCAAUGCGGCAAGAAUAAGGGGUAAUUCAGGGACUCGGUCGAUAUUUUGACUAUCUUCGUUUGGUCUCUUCAAAGCCUUGUAGUGUAUAUUCCCCCUCUCGGAUUGCUUACCAAAUUCUCAAUCCUUUAG